AUGUCCAGUUUCUUCAGAGAUAACAAACACGGGUUUAAACCCAGAAACAAUAUAUUUUCCAAAAUUAGGAAUAGUGCUACUGAGAAUGAUUUUUCAGUAACAGAGUCCCUUGAAAACUUAAGCAACACUAGUAAAGAACAUGCAACCAGCAAUGUCUUUGCUAAUAAUAGUAAAACAAGUUUUAUGAGUGGCGCUACGACCUUAGCCUCUGUACAAGAAAACUCUUUGGAAAGUUUAUUUGAAGAAUACCAGAGAGAUGAUACCACUAAUGGAGCUUCCAAUAAUAGCAGCAUUAUAAUGCCCAAAAUCAAAGACUAUCAUGAUAAGCGCUCGCCGUUAUUAAAUAACAAGAAUGUUUAUCAACCUAAGGGUGGCAAUAGAAAAUUACAUAUUGAAGACCAGGAAAAUAACGAUAGCAAUAACAAUAUACUAUUUAGUAGCAAAGAAGACAGUCCUGAAGACAAUGACGAUAUUGAGAUAACUGAUAUCAAGCAAAUUUCAAAAAAUACACCGAGUAACACCAAAGAGCGUUCAGAUUACGAAAGUAGUAGCGAUACCGACGAUAAAAAAUUCACUGAUGGUGAGCAUGUCAGAGAAGAAUCAUCAAGACUGGAUAUUAUGAUUAACGAAUCAUCUAAUGAUGUUUUAAUGAAAGCAUUUACCAAUACCCAGAAGAUUUGCUCCCAAUUAAAAAUGGAAUUACAAAAAAGUAAAGAUAAAAAUAAUACUUUGAAAAACGAAGUGGCAACUUACAAAACUGAAAUUAACAAUUUAACCAAAAAAUUUGAAGGUUUCCAAAACGGGUUAAAUUCGAUGGCUGAAAACCAAAGGGAAUUGACCAAAAUUAGGGAAUCAAACGACAUGAAGCUAAAAAAUAUAGGUCAGGAGAUGUCUGAAGUUAAAAGAAAAAUGGAUAAUAGCAAUAUCGAAUUAAACAGUUUGAGAACCAUCCUAACUAAUGUCAAAGAACUAAAGAAAAAUUUGGAAAUCGACUUAAUUAAAAAAAAUAAAGAAAUUGAUUAUUUGAAAAAAGAGAUCAAUAAUGCCUAUGGUCAAUUGAGUGAGGAAAAAAUUAAAUCUAAUGGGCUAUUAAAAGAUGUUAACGAAUUAAAAACGCUAGUUACUGAUUCAAAUACUUCAAUGCUAGAAAAAUUAAAGGAUCAUUUAGGGAAAGCAUUCAAUUUAGAUAAAAUUCAGCUGAAGAUCACAAAUAAAAUUGAUGCUGUGGAUAAUAAUUUAGCCGGUGUACAGGAUUUAAUAGUUAAUAAAAUCGAUGUUUCUAUUGACGAGUAUACCACAAAGAGCCUGGAUAGUAUUAAACAAUUGGUAGCCAAAAACGAUGAAUCCAAUGGCGCGUUAGUUAAAACUCUAGAGUUUUCUGUUAAAAAUUUUCUAGACAAUAACAGUGAGGAUAUUGUCUCCAAGACAUCUAAGUUAAUGGAAGAUUUACUAGCUAAUUUGGAAAAUUCAGCAUUUUUGAAAAAAAUUGAGUCAUGCACAUCCGAAAUUUUAACUACUGUUAAGUUGGUGACCCCUAAUAAUAACACCAACUACGAAAAGUUACUUGGACAAAUACAAAAAAUGCAAAUUUUAAUACAAAAUGAAGGGGAAAAUGUUAAUGAAAUUAGCGCAUUGAAAGAUAAUCUUGUCCUGUUAAAUAUGGAUAAGACCAAUUUAGUCACAGAGGCCAAAAAUAAGGAUUUAGAAAUCCAAAGCUUAAAUGAAAAGUACAAUUUGAAAGACGAUCAACUCAAGCAACUAAGUGAGAAGCUUGAAAUUUUGCAAAAGCAAAUUGAAAGUUGUAGCGUAGAGAAAGCUAACAUGGAAACUUCUUUAAAUUUUAAAAUUGAACAAUAUCAAGAUGAUAUUAAGAAUUUAACAAUGAAUUUAGAGGAUAAAACGGAGAAGCUGAGCAAAUUAAGUGAUGGGAAUAAUGAAUUGGAGAAUAAAGUAAAUGAUUUAGAAGCUAUAAAUAUUCAAUUUAAGGAAAAAGUUAAACAAUACGAGGACUUAAAUACUAAAACCAAUGAAAAAAUCCAGAAAUUAAACGUAGAAAUCGUUCAAUUAAAGGCCAAAGAAAUGGAACUCGAAGAGUCUAUUAGAUUAUCCCACGAAAAGGCUGAGGAAAACUACAAGGAUAAAAAUUAUGAGAUUGAAAGAUGUCAGUUGGUGCAAAAUGAAAACAGCAAGUAUAAAAGUGAAAAUAGCAGUUUACUAAACAGCAAAAUUGAAUUGCAACAAAAGGUAUACUCGUUAGAAAAUGAAAUUAAUCGAUUGAAAAAAAACUCACUGGGGAAAACUAUUAAACAUAAUAACGAUAAGGGCAGUAAGGAUAAAUCUAAAAAAUUGGAGGAACACAAAAGCGACGAUGAAAUAUGGCAGGUCGACCGUAAUAAUAAAUACAACAAAAAUGUUAUUGAACCCAAUAUUGACAACAAGUAUAAUUUAACAACCAUGGGAAACAAAACAAGCAUCAUAGGCAACUCCCCUGAUGAUUUUGAUCUACCCAUUACUUCCAACAAUUAUGAGGAUAUAGGCAAUGAUUUAGAAUUGACUGACCCGCCUAAUUCAUUUAAUGAUCAAAUCAAAAAUUUGUUAAUAUCAUCUUCUUCUGCUGCUUCCUAUACACUGCAUGAUACUUCCAAAACCAGAUAUGAAAAAGGUACACAAUCAAAUACCAAUAAUGAUCAAGAAGACUUAAAAGUUCAUGGUAAUACAAGAAAAAGAAAAAAACUAUUGCUCUCACCUUCAUCAAAAGCCGAAAACAAGCCAAAAAGAAGAGGUAAAAAAACAAGUUCUUCAAAGGGGUCCAUGUCGCUGAAAUAA